AUGGCUGAGGAGGUGGCGGAUGAGGAGUGGUUUGCUGGGCUGCAGGAUAAGCACAGCAUCGAGCAACGGUUGAUGCAGCCCGGAGUGGCAGAUGGGUCUUUCGUCUUGCGGUCGAGCGCGUCCGACCCUAAUGCCUUUACGAUGGUCGUGCGCUGGCAAGGCGCGCUCAAAAACUUUCGCAUCUUUCAGCAAAAUUACCUGUGGCAUGUUUCCCCGACCAUUGGAUACCCCAGUCUCGGCGCCCUUGUCCACACACACAUUGCCGACGGCAUCGCCUCGGGCGGCGACGAAAUCAAGCUGAUCCCCUUUCCCAUCAACCCCAAAAGCGGGUCAACUUCCGCUGCACCCAACUUGGAGCCCGAGGAAACAUAUGAAGACCUGGAAACCAUGCGUCCUCAGUUGCCUUCUUCCCCCAUGCCAAGUCUCGGCUCCCGCACCAGCUCCGUCAUGGGGCGAACGCCUUCCAUGAGCCGACCCCUGCCAAGCCUGCCGGGCGCCAGAGGUGCCUCCGUUUCGUCCUCCGCCUCAUUCCGUGCGCCCUUGCCCACGCCAGGGGCGCCGCCAACCACUUUGCCCACCAUUGACGCCGACAAUAGCACGGCGCCUGCCCUGCCCCCGAAGCAAACUCGCGGUGGACUCAAUUUGCCCUCCGCUUCAACUACCAAUCAACUAAUGGCUCAGAGCGCCGAGCUAUAUAACAACAGCGACGCCAUUCAACAGAAUGCCCCCACUGCCAUGGAUGAUGGCGAACUCUACGGUAACACCGAGGCCGAAGAGUCUAUUGCUCACGCCAGUGCACCAGCCAUUGUCACGAGCGAUGACGGCGAACUGUACGGCAAUGCUGAAGCGGAGCAAAGCUACAUGCCCAUGUCGGGGGGCGAUGCCGAUCAGCUGUACGGCAACGCUGAAGCUGAAUCCAGCACUGCCGGGCUGCCAGCCCCGUUGCCGCGUGCUCCACUUGCGGCGCCCGGCAUGCCCGCAGUUGCCGAUGACGACGAGCUCUAUGGUAACGCCGACAUGGAUCUGCCCGCCGCCCACAGUAUGGAUACCUACACACCCAUGACCGCCGACCUGCCGCCGCCUCGUGCCCCGGUCGAAGCUCCCGCUCCGGUCAUUGUUGCUCAAGAGGAUGAUACAUACGACGCCUUGCCGCCGCCUCGCGCCUCUGUCUCGUAUCCUCCCGUUGCCCCAGUGUCGAACCCUGCUCCCAUCAUCGUGGCACAAGAAGAUGACACCUACGACGCAUUGCCUCCUCCCCGCGCCUCCAUCUCUGCCCGGCCGGGUAUGGCAGCCCCACCCGCUCCACUUUUUCAGGUGGAAUACACACCACCCACGGAAGACGUAACCUAUGGCAAUGAGGACAAUGUUCCGAAUCUGGGCUUUGGGCAGUCACAGCCUGCCCCGCACCUUGUGCAUGGCGCUGUGGUGCCCGACGAGGAAGUCUACGGUAAUGCGGAGCUCGACGCUGCUCCCAACAUCAGCUACCCCUCCGAUGACAUUUAUGGCAACACGGAGGUUGACAUGCACCACAUGCAACAGACCUCGCCCCCUGCCACUUCUUUUGGAGCCGAUUCUCGUCGUCAAUCAUUGCCGCUUCCUCUGCCCCCGCAACGCAAUGCUUCCGUCAGCCAAGCUCCUGGAUUCACCGCACCCCACACCAUCGAUGCAGAGGCAUUGGCCAACGAUCUCAUUUAUGGCGAGGACGAGGCUCCCGAAGUCAUUACUGGCUUUGGUGGUGCUGGCGGUGCUGGGGAAGACGACAUUUACGGCAACGCCGAGCUCGACAGUGGUGCGCCGGCCAUUCCCGUUGUCGCGAUGAACGACGAUAUGUAUGGCAACACCGAGCUGGAGCGGGACAUACCCGCGGCUACCGCCGUGGCUGCACCGGCCGUUCCCUUGCGGGACCCACCCGGAGGGCGGAGCCCUGCAGAUAGCUAUGGUUUUGAUGAAUAUGACACCUCAGCCGGAGAUGUCCUCAACUUUUCUUUCAACGUUGAUCCCUCCACCGGUGGCUUUGAGGCCAACCUUGUCAGCGACUCGCCGUCACCGAGCGCGGCGCCAGGAGCAAGCGUCAACUCGUCUGAUAGUGCUCCCCCGCCUUAUGUUCCCCCGCCACGGGGCUCCUCCGUCUCGCAGUCUGCCAAAAACACGCCGUCCUUGCCGCCACGCACUUCGACCAUUACGUCGCACCAGGCCCAGGCGGCCAUGAGCUACCGGGCUGAUGCCUCGGAAAAUCGGUUCCUGAGCAUUUUGCAGUGCAUCCUUGCCUGGGUUUUGCUUCUUUUUGUUAUCUUAGGACUUUCCAUCAAUGACUGGGCAGCUCUGAACGCCACCUUGGGCAUGGGCACCACAUCCAUAACAUACGGCCUCGUCGGCGCAUGUGCUGGGAGCACGUGUUACAAAUAUGCCGACUUGCCCGACAUACCCUCUCGAUUGCAGGCAGCGCUGGCUUUCUUCUGCUUGGCGCUCGUUGGUGCCUUGCUGACUGCCCUCUUUGCCACGCUUCAGUUGUUGUCUUCAGUUUCCUUGCCUCCACCCUUGCCACAAGCCGUUGAACUCAGCAAGGGCCGUCUCUGGAUCGGUUUUGCUGCGACCGACAAUAUUGACUUUGACUCAGUGCUCACGUGUGCCUUGACCGAUUUGUGCGACGCUACUGCCAUGAUACAGCACACUCGUCGUGCUCUUUACGUGGCCCGCCACAUCCAGGCCGGGCGCAUCACAUGGACUUCCCGAUGGCCCUGGAUCGUCAUUGUGUUCAGCAGUGCCUCCAUGAGUCUCCUUGCUGCUGGUAUUAGCUCCAAUAACUGGUUUCUUGCCAACGAUCUUGAAUUCGACUUGCAUGCCGGCCACCACUUGGCGUGCAUUGCCGGGCCGACACGCAAGUCGCAGGCGGUCGAGAGUUUGUUCAUGACUGAUGCUAUCCUGGCGGGCUUGAUGGUGCUAUGGUUUGCUGCCAUCGCCCUCGACUUGCUGGGCGUCCUCGUGUUGGAACGCUUUUCUUUGGGACAGUUUUUGCUUGCCCACGGCAAUGCCGUUUGCACUCUUGCAGCCAUCCUGAUUGUGAUUCUUGGCCUGUCUGCUUCAGCCGUUUAUGCGGUCUUGCUUCAAGACUCGCUGCUAGCAACUUCGACCAGCAUGAGCCUGGGUUUCAUCCUGUGCCUAGUGGGCUGGCUGUUGCAAGUCGUCUUUCUUCUAGUUUUGGGCCUCGCAAUCAAAUCGGGCUCGCCAGCGCAGGCGCGUGUCAAGCCUCAAACCGCGCAAGCACGGAUCGACGGUGUGCAAACAAAUGAUGACGAUUUGGGCAUGCAAGAAAAUCCAUUGCUGGCCAUGUCUCGAGGACAACUCAAGCUCGACGGGGACAAUGGGCCGGGCGAAAGCAUUGCCGAUCCGCAAAUUCAGCUCGGUGGAGUAACCACUGCAGACACGUCGGACGCGCCAGUUAAAGCGUUUAGCAAUACGAGCACUAUUGAGCAGAGUGCCUAGGGUUUGUGGCAGGAUUGACAACGCCGGGAGCGUCUGUCUCCUCACUCUUGCUCUUGGCUCUGACGAUGAGUUGACACCAUGUUAUCACGCAGCGUGCAAAUACCAUGUCUUUUAUGAAACGACUUUUGUAUGUAUGUGCGCGCGGGGGAGUGUAUUUAGCCAUUGACCGAAAUGACGCCGAGCGUGUUGCGGGAGCAUCUCCCGCUGAAGUCUGCGAGCCAAUUCAAAGUGACAUACG